GAAAAGUCGAAGCCGCGGGCGCCACGCAGACUGCGCGGAGCUCAGGGCUGGCUUUUCUCAAGUACCCGCCCGCUGCAAGGGGGAACUGGGCAGGCUGGGCAGGUCCCUGGGCCGUGGCACACGGGGUUGGCAUGGAGGAGACCCGGCGCCGCCUCGCGCUGUCCCUUGGCGGCUGCACGGUCCUGCGCAGCAUGGCUGUGCCCGGUGUCAGACUGCUCACAGGCGCUCUGAGAAAGCCAGAUGCCUGGACUAGACUCUGGGGCGUGAUUCAAGGAACAUCGCCAAACAAACUUUGUGCGUCCUGGAACCGAUACUUAUAUUUUUCCAGUACCAAGUUAAACACAUCAAAUUAUAAAACACUUUUCCGUAACAUCUUCUCUCUGCGACUCCCAGAGCUUUUAGUAUCUCCAGAAUGUAUUUUUCCACUUUCUAUACGAUUCAAAAGCAAUAUAAACUCCAAAAAAUAUACUAGAAAGACCCUGCAAAAGGAUGUGGAUGAAGAGGACUCCGAUGAGGAGACCAGUCACCCCGAGAGGAGCGAGCAGGAGGAGGAGCUUGAGGAGGAGCCCGGUGCCGUCAAGGACUACAGAGACCUGGAGAAAGUGGUACAGUCUUUCCGGUAUGACGUCAUCCUGAAGACAGGCCUUGACAUUGGGCGAAAUAAAGUAGAAGAUGCAUUCUACAAAGGUGAACUCAGACUGAAUGGGGAAAAACUGUGGAAGAAAAGCAGAACGGUGAAGGUGGGAGAUACUUUGGAUCUCAUUACUGGAGAGAACAAAGAGACGGGAACAGAGGUGGUGAUGCGGAUUCUCCUGAAAACCGUCUAUGAAGAGAAGACUGAGAAGGACAAGUACCGGGUGGUGUUGCGCCGGUGGAAGAGCUUACAGCUGCCUAAGAAGCCUGCGGCUAAAUGAGCAUCGCUUCUCACCCCGGCAGCCUCCUGAGGGCCAGCGGCGGGCGGCGUGCAAAGAGGACGGACGCCUUCACUAAAAUAAAGCUCUCCUGUCGGUUGUGGGGUCACUGGAGCACUCUGGAGGCUGGGGUCUGUGAGGUUCCCUCCUGCGCUCGCCUGUGCUCCCUCAGACCUGGCAUUCUGAACCCCUCGUUCUGUGCAGAGACCGACUCUGGAGGAGGCCAGGCCAGAGAGGAUGGUACAGCUUGUCCGACACUUCCCGCAUUAACUACCUCAGGAGUCACUGUAAAAUAAAUCGGCCUUGUUUCUU